GCAUACAUACCUAUGUACGUACCGAUCAUGCGCCACAAUAAACUAUUUCCUAAAGAGGCAAGAGGGGCUACAGGACCCGACGGGAGUGCAGCCGGCCAACGUUUACCCCACCAAUCCCCCAAUGUAUCCCUGCCCGUCGCGUGUAUUCGACGUGUACAUGUCGACGUCUCCAAACUUGAGCUUAUCAACAACGUCCAGGAAUAAAAAAAAAUGAAAUAAAAAGUUAAUUCUCCAAGUCUACACCAUCUUCUCUAUCAAUUUAUAUAGACGCAACCAAAAGAACCUCCCCCUCCCACACGCAAUACAAUGUCACACCUCCCCCCCUCCCAAGCAAUAUUCUCCCCAUCCGUCGCCCGCGCCGCAGCCUCCACCGCAAAAGACUGGUCCUACAUCGACACCUGGCUACGCAGCAUCUACUCCAACUCCAACUCCAACUCCAACUCCUCCCGCGCCUCCCGCCCUCCCCCCUUCGAGCGCAACCCCGAAACCCUCAAAGCCCUGCUCGCCCUAGCCACCGCCAACGAAGCCGCCGACGAGCACCGCGAGCAGCUCGCGCGCGUCGAGGAGGCCGCGCUGGAAGAAGUGCGCUCCGUUGAACGAGAGCGGGAGGAACGGCGGCGGAGGAUCGACGCUCAAAAGCUGAAACAGCAGCAACAACAACAACAGGGGGGACAGGAAAUAAAAGAGGCAGAAGAAGCUCUCGACGGAGACAUCCUAGCCGCAGACCUCCUCUCCGCACUCGAAUCCUCCCUAAGCAAAGACGGCGCCGCAGCCCUCGACGCCAUGGCCUCUAUGGCCGUCGAGCUAGGCGUCGCGUAUCCCACCCCCGAAAUCCUCGGGUCCAAGUUCGCCGAGCUGCAGGGCCGAGCAUUCGAGCUAGAAGACGGCAUCGAGAGGAUAGAUUUGCUACGCCGGUACUUAGACCGGGAAUCUGCCCGCGCCGAGGCCUUUCUCGCCGAGCUACAGCAGUCUAAUGCCAAUACCGAUUCUAGCCUUAACACCCACAACGAUAACGACAGCAUCAUCGGCGGUAGCGGUAGCGGUAGUGGUAGCAGCACCAGCAUAUUCACACUCCCCCCUACUCUCCCCAAGCAAAACCUCUCCCUACAACGCCUAAUCAAGAGCACAUCCAGUCACCUCCCCGACCUAACCCACCAAGUCCACUCUCUAGAAAAAAGCAUCGGCCUCCCAAGUCUAACCGUCGAUGACGUGCGCGCCGACGAGGAAGCAUACCUAGACCUACUAUCCCGCAAAAAGGAUCUCGACGCGCAGGUCCGCGCCUUCGCCGGCCUACCCCCUGAUAUCGACGCCGCGCGCGCUGAACUAGAAGCUUUACGUGCCGAGCUCCGGAACGCGACGGAGCGGCGUGACGAGGACUUUGAGAAAUUAGUUGAACGGGAGAGUCCAGUGAAGAGUAGGAGGAGGCCUAGACUAGACUAGACUAAAUCAGAUUAUACUAUCCUCAAAUAUCCCCGCUGUACACAAUCAUAUGAUAACAGUACUCGGUACAAGACAUAAUAACCUACCUAGAAUGAAUCG